CUGAUGGGACUGUAUUUUGAAAGCACGAUGUACACACCGUUGUAAACGCAUGUGUCUGUCCGCUUGAUUUUGCGGGGUAAUUGUAGUUUUGUAGGCAUUUAUAAAUAGUUGAUUUGGGUUAUGUGAAAUCUUUUUGUUUCUUUUAUUUUAGUCGUUUUUGUCAUUUCUAGUGAUUGUUUCGUUCAGAUAUAGAUUUACGUAUUGCAAUAAAACUAGCGGGGACUUGUGGAGUAUUAAAUCGAACAUCGACGAUUGUUUCCGAAGAGUUCCUGUUGUCAUCUAAUGCUGAUAUUUAUGAAUUAAGUAAAAAUAGGUUUAAUAAUUUAAAAUGCAGGAUGUGAAAGAUGUAAAGCGUUUAUACAUUGGUGGUCUUAGCCAUACCAUUUCUCAGAAGGACAUUAAAGACAGAUUUGGGAAAUUUGGUGAGGUGUCAGAUGUUGAAAUCCUAACAAGGCAAGAUUUAACAGGUGCCCCACUGAAGACGUUUGGUUAUAUCAACAUAAACAUUUCUGAUGCAAGUCUAAAAAAAUGCAUGACAGUAUUAAAUAAGUCCAGAUGGAAGGGUGGAACACUGCAAAUCGAAGUGGCAAAGGAGAGUUUUUUACACAGACUGGCCUUAGAACGUCAGCAAGCAGCUGCGAAGACUCAGACUUCUAAAGUGGAUCCAAAAGAGACACUGAUGGACUCGUUUAAGAAGGCGGGCGUAGAGAACUUCCACAUGAAGUCAGCUGUUCCAGGAACUGAGAUUCCAGGCCAUAAGGACUGGGUUGUAAGUAAAUUUGGGCGAGUUCUCCCAGUGCUUCAUCUCAAAAAUCAAGUCAAGAAAAAAGUUUUUAAAUAUGAUCCUUCAAAACACUGCCACAACAUCAAGAAGCUGGAAACUGUAGUGACAACUGAGACUCCCGUGUCAAAUCUAACUUGGGAAAUACUAGAUGCCGACAAUGAAAUUAGCAAGAAAAGAAGAGGAGAAUUCCCGCCCCAGAAAUCACUCCCUGCGAAGAUCAGGAAAAAUUCAGUGAGCAAAAUUUUGAUGGAAUCGUAUUCGGGAGCUGUGCCUGGCAGUCAACAAAAGGAAGAAAACCAGAGAAGGUCACUGAAUGGUGCUGGUAAAGUUCAUGUAUUGCAAGACUUUUCUGAAAAUCGUGGUUCUUCAGCACCCAAAAAGAAAAAUCGUGAAUGUUCACACUGGUGGGACAGUGAUGUUGAUUCAGAGGAAGAAAUUAAAGUGUUGGUUGCAUCAGAAAAUGCACGCAGUUUGGAAAUGAGUCUGGGAAAUGAAGUUGAGCUGGAAGUGGUUGGUGAUGAUUUUGUUCUGACUCCAAAUAUUCUUCAGUUCCGGGGAUCCAACAUUUCUGAAGAGUUAGACAACGAGCGGGACUAUGAUUCAGCAGAUACUGAUGAAAUUCUGUCCAACCGCAGAAGUUCUGGCAACCAAAAAGUAAUUACUGAAACUAUAAAUGGUCCAAAUUCCGAACUGGAGAAGAAUAGUGAGACUAAAGCAACUAGAGGAAAGAGAAAGGCCAGUAAACUCAUUACUGGGGAUUUUAGUCAGAGUGGAAAAUCAAGCUCUGAUGAAGACGACUCCAGUGGGAAUGAAGAUUCAGAUUAUGAGGCUAUGAUGGCCAACUGUUACCGGCUCGAGCUUUCUCUAGCGGAUUUGGAAAACCUGGCGAAAGGGCCUUCAGCCAGUUCUGAAGAGGACUGCCAAUGGCCUACUUCACACAAGGAACCUAGUCAGUCUUCAGAAGUGGUAUUGCCGCAUAAAACAAAGCCAUUAGCAGCAACGACUGGCAACACACCCGAUGCUAUUUUGGCGGCUAUUUUGGCAGAUGACAGUAGCGAUGAGAUGUGUGAUAGAAUGAAAAAGAAUAAGAAGAGGAAAACCUCAUCCCUGAGCCUUCCUUCCUUCAUGGGAACAAAGUCCCUCUUCGGGCUAAUGAAUGGGGCUCAACCGGACUUUAACGUGAGAAGAAAAAAGCAGUCGGACUUCAUGAUGAUGGAAUCUGAAUCAGAGCCAGCACUGGAUUCCUCAUCAGAUUCAGUACCCUCAGAAAAGCGAAGCAGCGACGUAGAAACCCUAACAAAUCAGCCAAAAGACAAAGCGGUGAAUUCAAAACCCUUGUCAUUUGUCGGCGGCAUGGCAACAAAGAGAGAGAAUGGAAAAUCAGAGGAGUCCAGCAGCUCAGAGGAUGAAGAAACCGAACGAUUACCCAAAAAGUCCAAACAACAACCUAAAAAAAAAGUAAAAACCAAUAAUGCACACAGCUGCGGAUCUCAGCCCAGUUUGUCGGAUACCCAGUUUCCAGCAAGCGGGGAUUCCAAAGGGAACCAUGGUCACAUUAAAGAUAUUGUGCUUCCAAAAAUGCCUGAGUCUUAUUCGGAGAAGACGGAACCCCGUAAUAAGACUCCUCAGUAUCCAGGGAUCACACGGACCUCUGAGAAGCAACAGGAGGACAACCAGAAACGUCUUGCGGCCCUGGAGCAGAAACAGGAGGAGGCCGAGCAGCAGAAGAAGCUCAUCCAAAGCGCCCUGUCCAAAUUGGACACACCUGGGACCAGUCAAGGCAAACACAUAGUGUUUUACUCCGAUGACGAAAGCGAAGAGGAGGCACAGGUUGCCACUGAAACCCCAAGAAAGACCUUGUUUGAGGACAGCUCUGAGUUGUCUGAAGACAGUGCUAGCGAAGUGGAACCAGGCAAACUCAGACAGUCCAGCAAAGAUUUGACUGUCAAGGAAUUUCAGAAACAGGGAGGCAGCAAACUGUUUCUCAGCGAUGAGGAUGAUGAUGAAGAAGAUGAUCAGAGGUUUCAGAUCAAGCCCCAGUUUGAGGGCGAGGCUGGACAGAAGCUAAUGAAGCUGCAGUCCAGAUUUGGGGCUGACGAGAGAUUUCGCAUGGAUUCCAGAUUUCUGGAAAGUGAACAGGAGGCCAGUACUGCAGGUCAGGCUGCAGAUCACAAGUCUUGCAAUGGUCUUGAGGUAGAGCUGGAAGAGGAAAAAAAGAAGAAUCUAAAUAUCUUGGAAAGCGUUCUGCACAUUGGCCUGCAGGCUUCUGAGACAAGCAAAGAAAGUGUAAAGAGCAGAACAUUUAGAGAUAUGUCAGCCUUACACUAUGAUCCCACUAGAGAAGAACAUGCAGCUUUUGAAACAAAACCUGAAGAACCCAAGAAAGAAGGCAAAGCCGCAAGGCGUAAGAAACGUGAGGCGGCGGAGAAACUCCCCGAAGUGUCCAAGGACAUCUUCUACAAUGUGGUGGUGGACCUGAAAGAGGUAUUCGGACCCACAGACAUUGCUGAUGGGAAAGAUUCUGUAGCGUGGGAUAAAGAGGACGAAGAGACGACGAAAGAGCUGGAUAAUACAGCUGGAAAUGCAACUGAAACCGAAUCGUCAGGCUUCAAAUUCUCAUUCUUCGGCGACGACCCGGUGGAGGAUACCACUGUGAAAGACGACUACAAGGUGGAGCUGCUGAAAGGAGCAAAGGUGUCAUGGCAAGCCGAUCCCCGUUUUCAAGACAGCAGCUCUGAGGAGGAGGAGGAGGAGGAGAACCAGGAGGACAAGGAGCCUGAAAAUCAGCCUCAGCCAGCCAGUUCCAAUGAGGGACCGGGACAACCGAAGAAAACAUUUUUCUUUUUCUUUGAAGAUGAUGAAAGGCUGAAAGAAGGACCUAAGAUGUUUUGCCGAAUGGGAAACCUAGAAGAGCAGAGGGAGACGUGGGAGGAGACUCGUUCAUUGUUGAUUGAGGAGUACAGGAAGAAGCACAGGAAUGCUAAACGAAGGGUGAAAACGUCGUGGAGGAGCUAGUAGGAAGACAACUGGACUGGCUUGUCCUGCCAACAGGACGCACUCAGAAUGUCACUAUAGUGACACCAUCUGUAAAAUAGGUUUGACUGCUGGCUAAAUAUUCAGUUUGGAUUAACAGAUAUAGUUUCUAGCUUUGUCACAAAUAAAAGGCAGAUAAUCUGGCUGUCGCAUUCCUCUUAUAACUAAAAAUAACCCUGACCUGAUUCGAUAUCUUCCACCACCCGGGUCUGGUAAAAGCUUAUGUAUACCAACAUGAUCACCUAAACUUAUUUGACUUUUUUUUUUUUAUUACUUUAUAUUAUCCAUUUAUUUUGCAAAUGUAGACAGGAUUUAUCAAGAAUGAAAUACUAAGGAAAGGUAUUUGCCGAAAAUUGUUUUCAAACAGAUCUAAUUUUAAACCUGGUUCAGAAUUAUCUUGGCAUUUCAGCAUACUGGUUAUAGUUUGUCUUUAGAAGGAAAAUGACUGCGUACUCCCCGAUAGCAUAAAGGCUUUUUUAAUCUUUAUGAUAUAUAUAAAUUCAUACACAUGCAUAAAUGUUUAGACAGUUCCUGGAGCACUUUGCGAUGGUUUGUACAAAGUACAAAGGCCCUAAUCUUUACCAACCAUCUAACCUUUCACACAAUUUGUCUCAUGUUGACUGAUUAGUAUUUCUGUCAGAUGCAACAUAUAACAGGUUUUGUUUGAUUGCUGCUGCUCGCGUUUAAAUCAGUAGUGAUAAAGCAUGAUGUGCUGUACUCAUUUUUGCAGGAUUUAGCUCCGCCCCUAAUCCAAAUGGUUCAGGCUGACAGGCAGAAUCCUCAAUUUAAAAGACCAGAUCACAUGACAACUCCGCAAAAAUGAUUAUCUUAUUAGAACAUAAAAAUGGAUGUUUGACACCCAGGCAGAAUCAUGUGGAUAUUUGUUUCAGUAGCAUCUGUGUGUCUUUACAUUUUCAAUUUGCAUAUGUCAAUAUGUAGUUAUAGUGCUGUACUAAAUGAUAUAGCUACCUAAAUACCAAAGAUUUAUGAUACACUAACAUCUGUUCAUUAAUCUUGUUUGUGGUUCAGCACGGAAGGUUGUUGAUUCAAAUCCCAGGGUUGGCAGGUGAUUUCAUCAUUGGGCACCUGACCCCAAUGACCCCAGCAAAUAUCUGACCCAGCUUUCUAAAAAAAAAAAAAAGCCUCUUGAUUUAGAUAAAAAAAAAAAA